GCGUGCGUACGUCAGUUCCGAGCUCCUCCUUCGCGACCACCGUUGUCGGAUCGGCGUCUCACCCAUACUUCCCGCCGAAUGGGCUCCUGCAUGUCGUCGCAGUCGCCGGGAACGCCCGCGGCAGCGGCGUCCGGUGGGACUCCGGCCAUUUCCUCGGCCUCCUCUUUCCAAAUCGGCUCGAAGCGCUGGAGGAGGUGGAGGAACGCGAAGAAGAUGAGAAAAGAGGAGGAGAAGAAUGGGGAAGGGAAAGGAGGAGAAGCAAGUGGUGGCGAGCUCUCUGAUCGGUGGACGGCGAGCUCUGGCGGUGAGGGGCUGCUGGAGGAGGAUCUCCACCGAGUGCCCGGCCGGAAGUUCCUCAACGGGGCCACCGAGGUCGCCUGCCUCUUUUCCCAGCAAGGGAAGAAAGGCUUCAACCAGGACGCCAUGCUCGUCUGGGAGAAUUUUGCUUCAAGAAGUGACACCACCUUUUGUGGAGUCUUUGAUGGUCAUGGUCCUUUUGGUCAUCUGGUUGCCAAGAAAGUCAGAGAUUCUCUUCCUCUCAAGUUGUGCGCUGAAUGGAUUGGUAAUGUUAGUGGCCACGAUGGUCCUUGCCAAAAUGGGUUUCUUACUGGGAGUGCGAACUCUGAAGGGACAACAUCCGUUAUCAUUGAUGAUGAGUGUGCUGAUCCGUUAGAUGUCGAUGAGAAUGAAAACCUACCUGAGAUGUAUCUUACACUGAAACAAUCGCUUUUGAAGGCUUCCAGGUUGAUGGAUAAAGAGUUGAAAGUUCAACAAACAAUUGAUUGUUUCUGCAGUGGAACUACUGCUGUCACAAUAGUAAAGCAGGGACAGGAUCUUGUAGUUGGAAAUGUUGGAGAUUCCAGAGCAAUAUUGGGUAGACGAGAUGAAGACAACAAUUUGGUUGCUGUACAAUUGACUAUCGACUUGAAGCCCAACCUUCCUAGGGAAGCUUCCAGAAUCCAGCAAUGCAAAGGAAGAGUUUUUGCUUUGCAGGAUGAACCAGAGGUCGCACGUGUAUGGUUACCCAACAGUGACUCACCUGGCUUGGCUAUGGCCAGAGCUUUUGGAGACUUCUGCCUUAAAGAUUAUGGCUUGAUAUCUAUUCCUGAUGUCUCCUAUCACCAUCUUAUUGAGAAAGAUGAAUUUAUAGUUCUUGCCACUGAUGGGGUUUGGGAUGUUCUCUCAAACAAAGAAGUUGUAGAUAUUGUGGCCUCUGCACCAACUCGAACAACUGCAGCUAGAGCUGUCGUUGAUUGUGCUGUCCGAGCUUGGAGACUGAAAUUUCCUACAUCAAAAAUUGAUGACUGUGCUGUUGUCUGUCUCUUCCUAGACCCCCAACUUCUAUUCAGUAAAACUCAGGAAAAUAUAUCCUGGAAGACAUCACCUACAGAACCUGUAGAGAUGACAGCCUUGGUCUCCAGUGAUCUAGAUGUGAAUGGUCGGGAAGGAAUAUCUGGAUCGGUCUCUGGUGGAGCACAGAUUUCUUCAUUUGGGCACUUGAAUACUCUGUACAAUGCCAAUGAGAUUGUCACAGUUUCUGAGGAGCCCAAAGGAAAUGUGGUUCCUGAGAGAUGCGAAUCAAGAUUGAGCCUGGCUGAUUGUAUAGCAACCGCUGAGGAGGAAUGGUCUGCACUAGAAGGUGUGACUAGGGUGAACUCCCUGUUGAAUCUUCCACGGUUCUUAUCUGGCAAUAAAAGGUCAGGUAGUUGGAGAAAGCGGUUUUAGGAUCACAAUGGCAGUCAAAACGCAAACAUCACACAUCCAAACUUGGUCAUUCUUCAACUAACCAAGCAAACCGGCAAUAAAGGAGGCAAACCAGUAAACUUGGAGCUGGAAUUGGACGAAACCAGGCUGCAUGAUCUCAGACUGUCUGAGACCUUUGGUGUUUUGACUGUUAAGAACAGAUGUCUGGUUGAGUUUCAACUCAUUCGAGUAAGAUAGCAUGAAAUUUGUGUCUCAUUUUUUUUCCUUUUCCUUUUUCCUUUUUUUUUUGUGAUAACAUCAAGUAUCUGCUAUUUCAGGUGCUUGUAGAAUAGUGAAUUUGAGACCUGCUGUUAUUGUGUUGGAUUAUUGUGAGGAGGGCUGCAAUUCAGGGGUUUCUUGUCUUGUAUGCAAAUUUUUGUUUGGAAGUGGCCUUUGAAUUAUGUCCUGGAACAUUGCUCGAACUGUAUACAACCGUCAAUGUAGAGAUUGUAUUGUAUUCACCAUGUGUUAUUUUCCUUUUCUACAAGAACAUGUUAUGUGAGACUCUUUGCCGAUUCAGGGUUGUACCUAACUGGUUUAGCUUGUUGCUGAAAUCACUAUUUCUCUGUUGAU